AUGGACGAACCUGAUUCCGACCUCGAUCUACUCGAAAGUUACCCUACACUCUCAUCACCUUUGAAAUACUUGAUACUGUUAGUAGGUUUCAUGGUGAUCCCCGUAGGUCUAGGAGUAUAUUUCUAUGGAGGUGGUAAAGAGAGAUUGGCAAAGUUGAAGAGUAAGAAUAAAGGUUAUGAGAAAGUUGAGAGUGAACGUGUUUAA